GGAGGAUAACUGAGCCGCCAUUACGCGUCUUUCACUAAGCUAGUUAGGAAAGAGGCAAGUUACCAUCUUUUGUUUUUGCACCACUCUAAAACCGUCUAUAUAACAGAACCAUAACUCAGGUGGGCUGCACGCAUUCUCUCGCAUAGACUAUAGCAUUCGUUUUGUUGGUGGCAAAUAUUUGAUGGAACAAAUGUUAUUGUUCGAAGAUCAAGAUGGUAAUGGUGGAGAAGGACACAAGAACUCAGAUACAGAAAGAAGAAACUCUAGUCCUCCUUUAACCAGGGCAAUAAGGGACGUCGUCUCGCUCUGUAAGCUCCGGCGGAUUGUGGUCGCCUUUCUACUGGCUUUGUUUCCAUUUCCGGUGGAGGAUGAAUUUCACUCUGACUUGGAAAUAAUUUUGACUGCUCGAUACAGGAAUUCCAAGAAGAAAAUCCAUCCUUGUGAAAGAAGAUGUCUACUUUUAAGGUUCUCACACGAGAUUGCUCCACUGGUAUUUACUGGAGAGUGUAUCUUUCCCAAAGAAACCAAAUUGGAAUUGGUUGAUGCUAUUACAGGACUCCCUGUGAUACAUGGACCUCUAUCCUCAGCACAAGUUGAAAUUUUUCUACUAAAGGAAGAUCUUGGUGGUGAUGGGGAAGAACUAAAUAGUUAUAUUAUGAUGCAAAAAAGAGGUGGAAAAUCAAUGCGCCAUAAAAAUCCAUAUCUGAGGUUACAAGGAGGCAUUGUUUCUGUUGAUGAAAUUAGAUUCAAACACACUCCAAAGUAUAUGAGAAAAUUGGAAGUGGUAAGGCUAGGAGCAAAGGUUAUAGAUCUACCUGAAGAAAUUAAAGUGAGAGAAGCCCUGACAGGAUACUUCACUGUUAAGGAUAAACAUUUAAAAAGCAAGAAGCGGUACCCUCCAUUACCAACUGAUGAUAUAUGGAGACUAGAACAGAUUCAACAGAAUGGUCCUUUCCAUAAACGGUUGACUGAAAAUGGUAUCAGGACAGUGGAGGAUUUCCUAAUUGAACUCUACAACAAUCCUCAGAGGCUACAACAUUUUCCAUACCUGCAGAUCCUUGGCAAAAGCAUGUCUGGUGAUCGGUGGAAAAUCACUACAAGGCAUGCAAAGACAUGCAAUCUUGAUGGAAGAAAGGCGUCUGCCCACAAGUUAGUGGAAACUGCAUUUGCAAACUGGGAAAAUUGCAUUUCUAUUAAACAUCACUUAUCAUCGUCCAAAUUUUCCCCAUCAUCCUGUCCCACGGUUGACGAUUGCCAGCAUUCAGAGCUUCAAAAUACUUCAAAGUCACAUUUGCCUACUGAAAGUAACCAGUGGGUAGUCAGUGGUGAAUGCUCUACUUCUUAUGCAAUUGCGGAGCAGCAUACAAAGUCAGAUGGGAUGUCACUUGCUUUCACUUCUUCUAGCCAUUUUACAACCGAUUUUAGUAGUUUGGUGCAAAAUGAUAAGGAUAUCCUACAUCUGGGAUCCUUCAACCAGAUCCCAUCUAUGAAUUCGGAUUCAGGAGAAUAUUUGGAGAAAAUUGUCAAGUUUCUUAGUUCUGAUAAUAUUCAACUUGAUGAUUCUCCUUAUGUUCACUCAGCUGUCAUCCAUAAAGAAGGAACAAAUUUGAGCAACAUGGAUCCUGUGGCCUCUAUGCGCAAAGGCAAGUCUAAGAAGAGUUGGGCCAAGAUAUUUAGUGUAACUAAAUGGUUCUUACUCAUGAAAAGGUUUGUUAAACUUAAAAAUCUUCGUAUUACCAAGAAGCGGAAAUUUUCCUGAUCAUAAGCAUAAGCUAAACAAGAACAACUCGCUCUGUCCCAUUUAACUGUUGUGUGGAGAUCAGCUAGCUAGGUGAAUGAAUAAUUUUGUGAUUUGUAUGAAUAACUUUAGUUCAUGCGUUAACAUGAACUAUUUGAUGAGUUUGAAUUGUUAAAAAAAUUAAUGAUUAUUUGUUAAUAAAGAACUUUUAAGGGUUAAAAGCUUUAUAGGACCA